AUGAAGACCUCUAUUGUAUACUAUGCGCUCUGCUUGCUUUCCUCCUGCUCUCUGGCGUGCGUAAGGGCGUACGAUCUCGUGAAGGAGUACUCUGGGACGGACUUCUUCUCGGAAUGGGACUUCUAUGGCUCUUGGGACAACCUAACGAACGGGGAUAUAUGGUGGUUGGACGCCGCGAAUGCAACGCAGCAGCACCUAGCCUUCGUGAACGAGGCGGGUAACGCCAUCAUGAAAGUGGACAACACGACGAACGUCCCGUGGAACGAUAAGAGGAACAGCGUGCGAAUAACGUCCAAGGCAGCGUACCCCGUCGGGAGCCUGUUCAUUAUUGACAUGGUGCACAUGCCGUUCGGAUGCUCGGUCUGGCCCGCGUUCUGGACCAAAGGUACCCUCUGGCCCGACAACGGCGAGAUCGAUAUCCUCGAAGGCGUCAACCUUUUCACCGCCAACCAGAUGGCGCUCCAUACGUUGGGCGGUUGCACCCACAGCACACCACCAAACCAGCUCGGACGAUCAGGCAGCGACCCGGACUGCUCCACUCCGGCGGGUUGCAUCGUCACAGAGGCAAAGCAGAACUCGUACGGGUCCGGGUUCGCAAGCGCCGGCGGCGGCGUGUUCGCCGCCCAGUUCGACGUCAGCGGGAUCUACAUGUGGUUCUGGAGCCGCGCGGACGUACCGCCCAGCAUCUCGUUCGCCAACUCGACCUCGAGCAUCACCGACCUCUCCGAUUUCGGCAACCCAUCCGCGUCCUACCCGGCCUCAACGUGCAACAUCACCGAGUUCUUCGGCCCGCAACAGCUCGUACUCGACAUCACCCUCUGCGGCGACUGGGCGGGAAUCGGCGCCGUGUACAACACGAGCGGAUGCACCGGACCCACCGGCCUCUGCUACGACGACAACGUGAUCGGCUCGGGCGCGAACUACGCCGACGCCUACUUCGAGAUCCGCUACGUGCGCGCGUACAGCCUCCCCGGCACGCCGCAGCCGACGGUCACGAGCGCGCCCGCGUCGGGGACGACGACGACGACGAACGGCUCGCCCGCGAGCGACGCCGCGGCGAGCACGACCUCCCCCGACGAUAGCGGCGUCACGGUGGUAAGCCGCGCCGCUCCUCCUCCCCACCGGUCCUUCGGCGCUCGGAGCGGACUCGUCGCCGCGCUCAGCGUGCUCGCGCUGCGCUGCCUCUCAUAG